AUGAAUUUCCUGUUGAGUUUAUUUCCUCGGCAGCAGCCAAAGCGAACACAAAUUCAAGACACUAGCUGGGUCUGGGCCAUGGUUGCUGAGUUGAGCGGAAUCCUGCAGGAGUAUCGAUUGCUCAGCUGCCGCGGAACACCAGCUUCAGGAAAAACAACCUUAGCACAUCUUUUGUGUGCCUUUUACGAGCGUCAAAAUGUCCCCGUGGUAUUCUUUCCGUCCUGGGUGAACAAGAAACUAUCGUUGGAUCCCAAUCACUUUGCCACUAUGAUCAUUGAAGCUGCUCGGCAGAAAGGGCACGAAUUCGUCACAUACUCCAGUCUCUGGUGGUCAGACCUUGUUAUCAUUAUUGACGAGGCCCAGAUGUCAUACGACGAUCAUGGGUUAUGGCUCGGACUGAUCAAGUCGGUAGGAGGGAUGAGUAGUGGCACCCGGAUUGCUUUGUUUUCCUCCUACGGCAGCCCUACAGGAGGCCCCUCGUCAGCUUUACCUGGCAGUCCAAACGUCAUUAUCGGCGCAUUUCAACGAGUCUCGCUGACUCCGUCGAUCAUGAGCUUUUCCCCAAAUAUUGGGCUUUUCUAUACCCGUGACGAAUUUGACGAUAUUGUCUUUCGCUCGGCUUUGAAGCACGAGAAGAAGGAGAUUUCUGCCGCAGACAUCCGCGUGGAGAUGGAUAAGCCACAAUCCUUCUUCGACUACUUAAAUCAAUUUGCGAUAGGGCGGUCAUUUCCGUCCGAGGGAAAGAUGACACCGCAAUCAGCGGAUAUUCUUCGAAAAGUCUUAGUUGAAGGAAGCAUCGAGCGGGACAACAAUGAAGGAAUUCGGCAAUGUUAUGAGCAGGGCUGGCUCCAUGCUGAGCUUUUACAACUUGACAAAGAACCGACAUGCAUAAUUCCCACUAAGCUACAUGCUAAGUUUAUUGAGUAUAAAUUCAAAGAUAAACACGCCAAUUUCCCCGAUGCCGAUUUCCCAACAAUUCAUGCCCUCACAGAGGCUGUCCUGCGUCAAUUCUCUCGUCGAAACCUCAGGUCCGUGAAGCGGUUUGGGAUCGGCGCGGUAAAUCGGCCGGUAGAGGCUACGUAUCAAGAUGAAUUCUAUCGAUAA